AUGAGCACCGGCACCAUCCCCAUCGUGCGAUGCGCUGCCACGGUUAACACCGCCACCGUCUUUGGCCGCCGGAAGAGCCGUUUCAACGUGACAGCAACGGCGACGUCGGCGGGAAGGAGGGCCUCGGCGAGCAGGAGGGACUACUACAAGGUGCUGUCCCUGGAGCACCGGCCUGACGUGGGCGCGGAGGAGAUCAAGCGCGCGUACCGGCGGCUGGCGCUGCGGCACCACCCCGACGUGUGCCCGCCGUCGCGGCGCGCUGAGUCCACGGAGCUCUUCCUCGAGCUGCGGCGCGCCUACGAGACGUUCUCCGACCCGGCGCGGAGGGUUCGGUACGACGCCGACCUGAGGACAGACGGCGGGGAGGUGGCGAGGCGGCCCGGCGGCGUUGCGUUUGCGAGGGACGUGUGGGAGUCCCAGCUGUGCGUGCUGCGCGCGCGCUCCGAGCAACGCCAGAGAGCGAGGAGCAGCCAGCCGCAGCGGCCGGUCUGA